AUGGCGAGGCGUCUUGUCCUACUUCGACCCAGCGACUCGGAAUCGAUGGGUAUGGGACCAGCGGAGCACAGAUCCAGGGACACGGAGCAAAUCGGCCUUUGGUGGAUCGGAUCCAAGCAAGGGUGUGGCAAUCAUCCUACUGGGCAUCCAUGUCGAAACAAUCGAAACGAGUGGUUGGUUUAUGUAAUUUAUGUGGCAGAGAGAUGGAGGGCAGGGCAGAUGUUUUUACCCGUCGUUGGGAACACCACCCCGCGUCGAAGCAUCCGGAGCGGUAAAAUGGCGACGGCCGGAACAGCAGAGAUCCAGUCCGCUUGGCCACUAGUAGUAGGCCUGCACAGAAGCGCACUUGACACGGCCGUUUCCGCCAGGGGAACACAAUUUCUGACCGCUACUCUGCCGAAACCCCGGGUUUGGGGACUCUCUCACAUCUCCAGAAUCAGUGCAACUGCUCCUGCUUCUUUGCGACUUUGCGACUUUGCGAUCACCCCUUCGUGA